CCGUUGGAUUGGCCCUGGGUCCGACGGCUGUGGCUGGCCACAGUUGUUGUGGCUAUGGCGACCAGGAGCGCUUAGCGAUGGCGCUCGGGCGGGCGCGACGCACCGCCUUCGUGUUCUCUCCAGGUAAUCGCGAUGCCGCAGCGCAUUCUCGAGAAUCCGCGAGGAUCAGUUCUAGAUUCUAAGGCAUGGAUUGGAGCGGAUGAUCCAGCUCGGGAAGGUUAGAUCGAGCGCAGGAGGAAGAGGAGAUGGUUCAUCUGUCAUGCAAGACGGAGUCGGCCGUGAUCACUUGCAAGGCUCACAAGGACGACAUCGAGCCGGCCAAGCUCAAGACGUUUAGGUACAAGGAUCUCGAGGCUGCCACUGGGGGUUUUGCGCGAGAAUUCUUGCUGGGAAAGGGCAGCUAUGGCUGGGUCUACAAGGGCUGCCUCAGGGAUGGCAAGCUCGUCGCGGUCAAGCGAUCGUCCCUGGCCAGGAAGAACAGCCAGGACGAUAAUCCUCUCGACAACGAGCUGGAAAUUCUCUCCAAGAUCAGGAGCACGCGGCUCGUCAAUCUGGUGGGCUAUAGCAGGGACAACAAGGAGACCGUCUUGGUGGUGGAUUACAUGGCCAAUGGAACUCUUCACGACAUCCUCCACUGCCGGAACGAGCCACUGAGCUGGAGCAUUCGCGUCCAGGUCGCGCUCCAGAUCGCCAAGGGGUUGAGAGCUCUCCACAGCGCGUCACCUCCAGUGAUCCACCGCGAUAUCAAGUCGUCCAACGUUUUGAUCGACGCGGACUGGAACGCUCGGCUAGCGGACUUUGGUCUGGCUCUUCGUGGGCGGAUCGAGGACGUGAUCAGGCUCUCCACUCCACCGGCGGGGACGAUGGGAUAUCUGGAUCCGGGAUACGUGAGUCCCGGCCACUUGAGCACCAAGACGGACGUGUUUAGCUUCGGGAUUCUCUUGCUGGAGAUCAUGAGCGGCAGGAACGCGAUCGACGUGCAGUACUAUCCUCCCAACAUCGUCGACUGGGCGCUGCCGCUGAUCAAGCAGGGAAAGGGUGCUGCGAUCUGCGAUCCAAAGUCCAAGCAUCCCACCAAUGCCGAGGCUCUCAACGAGAUGGCUGGAGUUGCUGCUCGCUGCGUCAGGCUCUCGAGCUCUCGGAGACCAACGAUGGCCGAGGUUGUCAAGGAGCUGCGGGAGAUCAGCAAGAGGAUCCAGAUGCCCAUCUGGAACAGCAUCGUCAAGCCGCUCAAGUCGUCGCUGGAUCUGGCAGCCGAGGGGUACGAUCAGUGGAAGCUCUACAAGCGAUCGUCCUUGCUGGAGGUGAAGAGAAAGCUCGAGAGCAAGAAGAUUGUGAAUAGCAGCAGCGCCAGCAGCAGCAGCGCCGCCAGCCGAGAAGGCAGCAGCUGUUCUUCGCUAGCAAUCGGGGAUGAUCCAUGUAUGGAUCCGAUCGUCAAAGCGCCAGGGACGAGGAGAGCAAGAGUGAGGAUGAUCUACGCGGAGGACAAGCUCAAGCUUGAUGUGAACAAGACGUCCAAGAACAGAUCAAACGGACCGAAGAUGGGCGAUUUCCUCCUCACAUAAAACAGCGUACGGAAUGAUGAUUCAUGAGAAUAUUCCCGAGCUUUGUUUCCAUAUUCAUGAUCUAAACCCCUAGGCGCCAAUUUUCGAGGG